ACGUGACAGUCAGCAGAAAUCCAAAUCAUGAAUAAUUAUCCUGGGAUGUGCUUAGUGUUCUGUUUUGCAAUAUUUGGAUUGGGCUCUGCCAUCCGCUGUGUCAAAUGCAAGGAUGACACCGGGAGCUGCACAACUACACAGGACUGCCGUGUUGAUGAGGAUGCCUGCCUGACACUAGCUGAGAGAGGGGGACAGACAACUCGGCAGUGCAUCAAGGUCUCUGACUGCGACUUCAAUCGAUUGGCCCAGAUGUUUCCAUCUGUACCAAAAUUUACCUUCGAUUGUUGCAGCAGUCACCUAUGCAACGGAGCCACAUCCAUUGGCACUGGCAAGCCCUUGCUGGGCCUUCUUGCCUCAUUGGCAGUGAUGUGGUGGUGUAUGCAGUAACCUCUCCUCACACUUACAUCUUAGAAGCUCUAAUGCUGCCAUUCGACUCAACAGAAGCCACUGAUGGAACGGCAACAGGAAGAUAUGAUCUAAAAGCUCAUGCUGAAAUUCUGCCUUAUUUGCCUGACUUACUGCUGCACAUUUGCAAUAUUGAAUUUGACACUUUGCACUUAAUUGGAUUUUAAAGCUUUCUAUGAUAACCUAUUUGUUGAUUACCAAUGCUUUGUGCUUCAGCCCAAGGGCUGAAAAUAGGAAAUGUGCUCACAGGUCAUGAGUUUGGAAAAGGUAUAUCAUUCAACCAAUCCUAUUUUGAGGCUUGUAAAAUAGACUAACAAUUUCCAUCUAAGGGGGUUUGCUCAGAAUUAUGACCAAGUAUUGCUCCAAUAGGUUGUCUAUAGUUUGUUGACCCAAAGUUACUAUAAUGUGCUUAAAUGUAAGGGAUAAUUUGAGAAAUGUUUGUGGGUCUGUGAUUGAGUGGACAAAGUAUUGAUUGUAUAAUUAAAAAUGCAAAUACUGCAGAAUUAAUGAUGUGGAAUUUGGAACUAAAUGUUGAUCAUUUUGGGAGAGACAUUUGUUCACAUACAAUGCCUUCACCGCUCUUAUACUGUGUAGUGGCUUACCCUGGUACAUAGCAUUGCUUUGCCUGUUUUAUAGGUAUGUUAAACCAAUCUGUCUUUUUUAAAGGGCACAGUAUAGACCUAUUAGGAUUCAAAUGAAGGGGAAGAAGUGAAAUAUUUAUUCUCUGGACAAUAAAUAAAAUAUUACCAAAAA